GACUCUGAACAGGAAAACACAACAGCUGCUCAACUGGUGCGAGGCUCACGGCAGUGUUUUAUAAGAAGACAAGCAUGCACAAAUGACUGGACCUCACCCCAAGCCUGGCCAAAUAAUGAUCAAAGAACUAGUCAUUGUGCGCCAUCCUGUCUCGGUGUGUGUACCUGUCAACUACAAGGUGACUCUGAGUGUCCUAGCUGAGGGGAAAGGCAUCCUGAACUACCAGUGGUUCUUGGAGAAGGAGAAGGAAAAUUAUGUAGAAGUACCUGGCGGUGCUCAGUCUGACUUGACUUUAAAAGCUGUAAAAACUCAGCGCUUCGUCUGCCGAGUGAAUGACCACUUCAACAACUGCGCCUUCAGCGAGUGGGUGAAGGUGAAGGUGCUGGACACUAAUAAAUCAGGCUUGCCGACCGACUGGCAGGGCGAGCCGCACAUCGCCGUCAACCCCAAACCGCAGACACUGAAACAAGGUGGGAAACUUGCUCUCUGCUGUGCUGCCUUUGGCAUCCCAGCUCCACGCUACCAGUGGUACAGAAAUGGACAACCGCUGCUGGACAAGAUGAGUGACGUGCUGCAGAUUAAUGAUGUGACAGCUGAACAUGGAGGAUCCUACCUGUGCUCUAUCUCUAAUGUGUUAGAGGAGAGAUGGACUGAGCCAGUCGAUGUGCACGUUGUGCAACCGAACCAGCUUCCUCCUCCAGCACUCACAGCCACUGAUAAAGUCGCCCUUCUUAUUGGCAACCUGAAUUACUCCAACUAUCCCAGUUUAAUGGCACCCAUUGUGGACGUGCAUGAGCUGGCCAACCUGUUGCAGCAGCUUGGCUUCAGAGUCGUUUCCUUGCUGGAUCUCACUAGAGAGGAGAUGCUCGCUGCAAUCGACGAGUUCAUUCAGCUCUUAGACAGAGGCGUUUAUGGAAUUUUCUACUAUGCGGGUCACGGGUACGAGCACGCUGGGAGGAAUUACUUAAUUGCCGUUGACGCUCCACAGUCGUACCAAACCAAAAACUGUGUCUGUGUGCAGAGGGUUAUGUACAAAAUGCAAGAAAGGCAGACUGCACUGAGUGUCAUCCUGCUGGACACGUGCAGAAAAUGGUACAACCAGCAUCACUUACCAUCAUUUAUUGAGCCGCUGGGACCAAAAGGGAACACUGUGUAUGGUUACGGCACAUGUGAGGAUGCGGAGGCGUAUGAGGUCCAGGAUGGGGGCAGGAGUUCAGGAAUUUUUACAAAGUACCUGAACAAACAUAUCCUACAGCAGGACAAAGUCACACAUGUCUUAGAAAAAGUGUCUGAGGAACUUGGCAAAGAUCCCCUCGUUAAAGGCAAGCAGGCAGUGGAAAUUAAACACACCAUGAAAGAACCUCGAUCCCUCACUGAUGCGGUUCGAACUUCUGGCCACACAAAGGAACUGCACCUACGCAAUAUCUGCUGGAGACAAGCAAAUGAGUUGCCACGCAAAAAGCUGCUGAGGUUCCUUUGCGGAGUGGAAGUGGAAGUUAGCUUUUCAGCUUUGUUCUCUAACGUCUUGGUAGCUUUUGCUACUUUAAAGACUGUGGGCGACCAUACCCAGGACUGCACCGUCACUCUAAGUAGCACACCUCCAACGGAAGACAUAUUUUCCAGACCUGGCCGAUCAGAAGAGAUGGACUCACUGCUGCUUAACGCCUCAGAGAAUCCAGACUGUACUCUUAGACUUUGUUCUCUUCAGAAACUUAAGGAGUCAGUGGUCCUCAAGGUGGAUCUACAUUAUACUCACACAGACAAUAACCUGCGCCACACUGAAAGUCAACACAUGGAUAUAGGAAAACCCCUGGUGGCAUCUUGUAAACUGUACAAGAGGACUCAAACUACCAAGAGACAAGACAGUACUUCAGUUCAAAGUAUGGGCAACAUUUCCAGCAGCGCAUCACAGCGGCACCAGACUCCGGCUCGUCCAUGUCACACUAGAAAGGCAUUUUAUGAUGCGAAAACUGCAUCUGUACGAAGCAACGAACCUGAAGAGAAUGAUGAGAAUGAACUGUGA